CAGAUGUUAGAUUUAAAAUUCAGAGGGUUAGAUUCUUCAAAAGUGAAGCUUACUGUACUUGAAUAUGGCUAUAUUAAAUACGUUUCCUAACCCAAAAGUCACCUAAAUUCUUCAAUUUUCUAGUGAAAAUGUACAAAUGCAAAUUGCAAGAAUUGUGCCAGAAGAGGGGCUGGAGUUUGCCGGAGUAUACGACGGCGAGAGAUGGCCCAGAUCAUAUGCCUCGAUUCAAAGGCGUCGUGAACGUUAAUGGGCAAGCUUUCGAGACUCCGAAUCAGUGCAAAUCUUCUAAAGAGGCUCAAAAUCUGGUGGCACGAAUUGCUUGCGACCACUUCAUUGCCCAACCCUCUCAGUCUGGCCAACAACAGUACCUGCAGCCCUCGUCCUCUAGCUCUGCCGCUCAUCCGUGUGCUGGUGUUCAAGCUGUUGUUCCAAAUCCGCCAUGGGAGAAACCUUCAACAGCUGCUACAGUUCCUGUGAUUGUGCCAAGCGCUGCACUUCCAGUUUCCGAAGCUCGUCCUGUAGCGGUAGCUCCAUUUCUCCAUAUUUCAGUUCCUGAACUUCCGCCGGAUUUUGUAAUUCCGCCGCCCCCCAUGCCACCUGCUAGAUUUCUUACAGCGAAAACGAAGUUGGAUGUCCAACCUGCUAAUAAAGAGAUAAUGCAGUCAAACUAUGAAGAUAAUGCUCAGAUUUCUACGACUAAUUUGGAUAUCCAACCUGCCAACAAAGAGAUAAUGCAGAUGAACUCUCAAGAUAAUGCACAGAUUUCUAUGGUUAAUAGUAAUACAAGUGUGAUACUUUCCAAUGAUAAGAUUUCUAAGGAUGUGUUGCACAUAUAUAAAAACCGAUUGCAACAAUAUGCUCAGAAGAGAGGUCUUAGUCUGCCUGUGUAUACUUGUGAAUUCGAAGGCCCUCCUCACGCUUGCCGCUAUAAGUCAAGUGUCACAUUAGAUGGAAAAAUAUAUGAAGCACCAGCAUUUUUUCCCACGAUAAAAGACGCUGAACAUGCAGCAGCCAAAGUUGCUUGUGAAGCAUUGUCUGUUGUUGAAAUUCAGGAGGAUAAAGGUUUGUACAAAAAUCUUCUACAAGCAAUGGCCCAAAAAAGAGGUCUCAAGUAUCCGAUAUAUGAGACGUCCCCAGCAGGUCCUCCUCGCAAGCCUGUAUUUGUGUCAGUUGUGGAGGUAGGAAGUGACACUUUCCAAGGAACUAAAGCCAAAACUAAAAAGCAGGCAGAGAUGAAUGCUGCUGAAGUGGCUUACAUUGCUCUUACUAAGAGUAAGAAACUAAUUUUUUAUUGGGCUUGAGUUUGUUCUAGUCUC